AUGUAUCGCUCUCUCACCCGCUUUGCCGUGCCGUGUGCCCCAGACAUUCAGAAGACCAAAUACCUUGCGAAUAUUGCUACUUCCACUAUCUCUCAAUCAUAA